UGCUUGUCACUUCAAACCCAACCAAAAAAAAUAAAUUACAAGUUUUGAGAAAAAAACAAAACUACAAAAAAAAAGAUGUCAAACUAAAACGCUGCCAGCAGCAUGAAGAGGGUCGAGGCGACAACAGCGUUGGAUCCGCGACAGCCGGUGCUAUACAUCGAGCAUUGUCCCGUGACCACAGCGUAUCGGAAACAAGCCCAGUCGUUGCAUGCCUCAUUGGCGGAAGCGUUGCGCACGAUGCAACCAGAGCUGAAACUUCAGCUGCGAAUCAACGAAAACAAUGCCCCACGAAUGGGCGCCUUCGAGGUGCAAAUUGCGGCAAGGCCAACGGAUGAGCCGCAGCAUCGUUAUCCACUGUGGACGGGGAUAACGCGGGUGCCGGUGACGGCAAAGGUGCCAAAUGUGGAUGACAUCAUUGUGCCCGCCUGUCUGGCAUUGAGGCUGCGACACAGCCAAGCGGGCGCCAGUCACAUUAACCUUGUGCGCACCAGCGACAGGGACAUCAACAAAAUCCUUCAGCGGGACCGAAGGAAUAGCCUCUAGUAUAAAGCACUUUUACCUUUCUCUCAAUGUUGCGAUAAAGUGUAAUUAUGUUUUGUCAACUAAUUGCUAAAUGAAAUGGGUUUGAGAAACGUA